AGGAGCAUGGUGAGUCUGUCACACAGCUGAUGGCGUCCCAUGGAACCGUCCCGCUGGGGACCAGGGUGUCUCCACUGUCUCUGUGCUCCCACAAACAACUGAUGUCUCUAAUGUCCGGAUUUCCCUUUUGAAUGUAUAUACAUAUCUAUAUUUAAUGUUAUAUUUAAUCAGAUAUCAGUCAGUUAUUAUCUGCUCUCAGUGUCUUCAGUGAUUAAGGCCUUUGUUAAAUCAGGGCCUCUGCACCCCCCUUCAAUGUGGAACCACUGUCAGGUUUGAUCCGUGUUCAUCUGCACAUGGAGCUGUGGAUGUAAAGUCCACACAACACAACAAUCAGGUAAAAGCUUUAACAUGCAAACAUGUACCCACUAGUACAACAGUUACGGCUCUCUAUGACAGCAAAAACAAAAGUAUGACUGUAAUGAUGUCACUUUGGGACUGUUGCUGUAUCAUGAUCAUCUUUACAGAGUUACGUUGACCACAGGAACUAAUAAUAAUAAUGCAUUUUAUUUGUAUAGCGCUUUUUACAAUCCUCAAAGACACUAGUUAGUUUUCAAAAAGAAAUCCACAUACAUUAAUCAAACAUUACAAGCAGAAAGGAGGCAUAUAAACUGGUGAUGGAUUUGUUUGUGUGCUGAUGCUGACUUCUCUCUGCAGCUUGUCACUGGUGUGUAGAGCUCCUUGGUUAGCGUUGAUCAGGUGGAUUCUUCCUCUCAGCUGUUGGUGGACAGAACACAAGUCUCAGUGUCCUUCCUCCUCCUGACUUCACUUCCUGCUCCCAGCUGUCUGUGGUCAGACACACCAACACACUGCUCGCUGCAAUCCGCUGGAUUAUCUGACACUGGAUUAUUGCUGCCUACAGCGAAGUUAAGUGUUUGAAUGAACAUCGACUUGUCAACUCUUACAGAGAGAAACUACCAGGAAGGAUGAAUCGCUGCUGUGUAAACUGCUCCAAAACUCUGCUGAUACAUCUCAACUUCCUGUGCUGGAUGAUUCACUCCCAGUUUGCCUCCCUGGUCACCAGCUUCUGGCCCGUGUACCCCGCCCACACACUGGUGGUCAGCGGGACCAUUGUCACCUGUGUGUGUUACCUCGGAGUGUUAGGAGGCAUGAAGGAGAACCGCUGCAUGCUCAUCACUUUCUUCGUCCUGGUCUUCAUCCUGAUGCUGGUGGAGCUGGCCAUGGCCUGUGUGUUCCUGGUCUACAGCACUGAGAUUGACACAUACUUUGAGAAAGACCUGAUGCGAAGCUUGGAGAUCUACAGACAGUCCAGUCCAGAAAGCAACACAACCAUUAAAGAUGACUUUGAUGCUGUCCAGGACCUGUUCAGGUGCUGUGGAGUUCAUGGUGUGGCGGACUGGAAGGGCAACGUCCCGGUGUCCUGUUGCAGCAGCAGCCCCUGCAGCACGCUGCUCCACCCCCCCUGGCCAGAGGGUUGUCUCGUGAAACUGAGGAACUGGUUUGCCAGAAACUAUCUUAACACGGGUGCAGGUGUUGUCACCAUGUUUAUCAUACAGUUUAUUUGUCUGUCCAUCACCGUCCCUCUCUUUUGCCACUUCAGUCGACGUGGAUUGGGUUACCAGUGAUACACUGGACCUGCAACUUACAGUGACUUCCCGCAUGUCAACAGGUUGCGUUUCCCUGUAUCAAAGUUUUAUUAAUCUGUUUCAAAUGCCCAAAAGGUCGACGUUUGCAAUGAAAAAGGGAGCCAACAGUUAUUCUUUGACCAGAUAUAAACUGAUGAUUGCAGCUUAUUAUCGCUAUUGAAAAUGUCAUAUGAAGAGACCGAUCAUUGAAUGUGAAAUGAAAAACAUAAUAUGAGACAUUUAAUUGGUAGAUAAGUUAUGACAUGAUAAGGCCUGUCCUAACCCACACGGACCCAAGAGAUCUGUUCCCACUGUGAGUGCUAGACUACAAGAACAUUUUAAACUAGACCCAAACACUAGACUUAGACAAACUAGACUUGUAGCGCAUUCCCACCUCCGCAAAUAUUUGAUUUGCGUCACAUUAAUUGCAUUGUUUGAUUGUAAGAUCUAAUUGGAAUAAUUUGUGUUUAAUCACAUUGAGGUCUUUCUCAGAUGGUAAGCAACACUUCGCCUGAGUCACUCGCGUAGGAAAAAGUUCAAGACAAUCCAACUCUUGCAGCGGGCAGGCGUGUGACGAGCACGAACGCGACAGUUUCACGUGAUUGAGCCCGUUUGUCGCUCUGCCUGUCAAGCUGCCCUCGCCCCCGCCCACUCGCCUCUCAUUGAAAAUGAAUAUCUAGGCGCGUCAAACGCUCCCCUCUAAGAAAAGACAUGUUACUCGCGUUACUCCCAUUGGUGUAGAGCUGUAGCUGUAGUCUAUCAUCAAUAUGGCCAAA